AUGAAGGUUAUAGAUAUCAAUGAAUUAAUGACCAAGUACAGUUUCAACACAACUAAAAAUAUUGAAACCCUAUUUAAGGAAUGUAAAGAUACAGGAGCAUUAUUGGUCUUGGAGUGUGCUUCAGAUUCAGACUCUCAUGGUUCUCAAUUGGAUAAGUCUGUAAGAAUCAUUUUAAAUCAUUUGGAACACUUUGAUGGAACAGUAAUCAUGAUUGCUUCGUCAUUGUCAUCUCUUGAUAGCUCACUGAUUAGAAGAUUUAAAUUUGUUUUGGAAUUUUCGAAUCCUUCUGCCAAUGAAAGGAAACAAUUAUGGAGAAAUCUAAUUCCUCAACGAGUCCCAAAAUCCAUUUCAGAAACAGAUUAUGACGAGCUAUCUGAACGAUAUUCAGAAUUCAGUGGAAGCAACAUUGAAAAUUGUAUAUUCAGAGCUUGUUCCAGGGCUGUUAUGGAAAGCAAAGAUGAAAACAAAGUGCUAACUUCACAUCUGUUAUUUGAGGCAGCCGAAGAAGAAUUGAAAAAUUGCGGACUGUUCAUGAAUCAAUCGACAAAAUCUUCUCUUUAUUUUUGA